AGUAACUUUCCUUUUAUGACAUUUUUUUUAGGGAAGUGUUGCAAGUAAAAGAAAACAGAAGUAUUAUUUUUCUCAAAAGCAGCACCCAUUUUGUGAAACUUUCUCAAAAAAAAUGAUUUGGUGUUUUCGUCAAAGUCCCAUCAAAGUAAAAAAGAGAGGCACAUAAAAAGAAAGAAAUCAAAACACAACCAAAGCCAAAAAAGUAACGGACAACAUAACAUAAUAAAGCCUUCUGUUUUUGUUUCAAUGCUUUUGUAACAACAACAGAACUCGUCAAAAGCGUGUCGCACGCCUUCUUCACUCCCCUGGCUAAGCUCCACCACCAAGUCACGGCUGAGUUCCUCUUCUCUGAAACAUUCUGUUGAUAAUUUGAGAAAAUGGAGGAAAAUUCAUCAAUAAUGUUAGAGCGUUAUCGGCGUGAUCGUCAGAAACUGCUUGAAUUCAUAAUUUCAUCAUCAAAUUUAAUCAAACAAGUUCGUACUUCUUCUGGUCCCACACUUUCUCUUUCCGACAUCAACCUUGAUACUCUCAGUGCUGAUUAUGUUCUCAAUUGCAUCAACUCUGGUGGAGUUUUGGAUGUUGCUGAAGCGACAAAUAGUUAUUAUCAUGAGUUAGAGUACCCGACAAUGCAGAUCUAUUCUCAGUCAGGGAAUUCUUUUUAUACCCUCACAAAAUCCCAGCUAUCUAUAUCACCUCCUAAACGUCGGCCUCCUCCAGCUGGGGCUAGUGAGAAAAGUAAUGUCGCACCAAAGUCAUCAAUCCAAGCAGGACGAAUAUCUAAUUACAAGGCUGCUUCAAGAAAAGACGAAAAUGGGUUCAAGGUUGGAAAUGUAAUGACUAGACCCUCAAAGUCUUCUGAGAGUGGUGUUGUUCCUCUUUUAGGAUUACCUCACUUACAAACAGGAUUGUCUGAGGAUGAUUUGCGGGAAUCAGCUUAUGGAGUACUGGUGGCAUCCUUAGCCUUUUCUAGGAUUGAAGUUAUAUGUGAACAAGAUCGAAAAAAGGAAAAGUCUUCUAAAUUUCUAGCAGGUUUGAAAGGAAAAAAGAGUAGAGAGGUGGUUUUGCAAGCUCAGUAUCAAGAUAGAAAUUUGGAACUACUUAAUACCAUACGCACUCAAAUGGAGGUUUCUGAAGCAAUGGAUUUAUGCAUCAGGCAAUGCUUGACGCGAUGCGCUUCAAGGUCAUCAUCUUCACAAUUUGAUGUUCUGCAAAUUGUACUGGGCCUUAUUAAGAGCAUUACAAGAUCAAAUUUUUCAAAUGAAAAAUCUUAUGUUCAAUGGAAAAAUAGACAGGCAAAUAUCAUGGAAGAACUCUGUUGCCUUGGUCAUUUGACGGAGGAAUAUACUACCAUAAAAUAUUCUAUUGGAAAGAUAAGAAAUGCAAGGGAAUGGGAUAUGAUGUCACCCAGUGAACGAGCUGAGAUUCUACAUUCUAUCAGUAAUUCUGCUUCGAAAAUCUUCCAUAAGCCAGGAUAUGGAGAUGAAAGAUGCGACUUGCCUGGCGGUCACCACUUGAAAGUCCGGCUUUAUGAGAAACUGCUUUCUUCAGUGUUUGACAUUCUUGAAGAAGGACAAAUUUUAGCGGAGGCGAAUGAAAUUCUGAAACUCAUCAAACUGACCUGGUCUACUCUUGGGAUCACUCAGAUUAUUCAUGACGCAUUGUAUAGUUGGGUUCUUUUUAAGCAGUAUGUUCAAACAGAUAAGGAAGAUCUGCUAGAGUACACAACUAUCCAAAUACAGAAUGUCCAAGCUGCUGAAUCUCUGUAUGAAGAAGGGGAAUGUUUGUUAUGUACGAUUGAAUGGCGAGAUAGUGUUGUUCGACUAAAUUUGGUUCCAGCUAUAUUGCUCUCCAUGCAUAUUUGGUGUGAGGGGAAACUACAAGACUAUCAUAGGCAUUUUAGUCAGAAACCAUCCAAGUUUAAGAGGAUAUUGACCUUUGCAAUGGCAACUGCAGUCGUUGUUCUUAAUGAAUUUGGCAAGUUGACUAAAACAGAUGGUUCCACAAAAGAUGCAUCCAGACAAAUAAAGAUGUAUGUGGAGAGCUCUGUUCAAGCAGCAUACAUGCUAGUUCUUGAUGGCUUGGAUCUCAAAUCAGAUAUAGAGAGGAUGCAUCCGUUGGCAUUACUUGCAAAUGCUGUAAAAUUGGUUGCUGAGAAAGAAUUUUCUGUUUUUAGCCCUGUAUUACAUUUGUGGUGUCCUGAAGCUGGGAUGAUUUCAGCCACACUAUUACAUCAACACUUUUGGGAAAGAUUGAGACCAUUUAUUCAGGGCAUAUCGAGUCUCUCUCAAGAUGUCAAGUUGGUUCUUUCUGCUGCUCAUAUGCUGGAUCGGGAGCUGACUCAACUCUAUUCUUUCAGCUUUAAUGGGAAUAGCUUACAUCAGCCUUUCAAAGUUGAUUUGGAUCAUUUUCAGAUUGGAGAUGUCUCUGCUUCACUUAUUCUUGAUUGGUCAAUAUCUCAACAUGCAUAUAUACUGGACUGGAUUGCCCGUGUCUUUGAUCUUGAGUUGUGGGAACCUUUGACAUCUCAAAAGAAACAUGCAGGAUCUGUUGUUGAAGUAUUUAGGAUGAUUGAGGAGACGGUGGAUCAGUUCUUUGGGUUGAAUCUUCCUGUGAAUAUCACACAUUUACAAGCUUUACUUUCUCUAAUCAUCCACAGCUUGGAUUCUUAUUUGUCCAAAAUGGAUUGCCAAUUAGUUGAGAAGAGCCACCUUUAUCCAUCAACUCCAUCACUGACACGGUAUGAGGAAUCUUUGGUUACUAUCCCUAGAAAAAAGAUGGUUGAGCUCAAGAUCUUGGAUGAUAAUACUAUUACUACCCUGAAUCAGUUGACCUUACCCAAGCUCUGUAUCAGACUGAAUACUCUUCAAUAUAUCAGAAAUCAAAUUGUUAUAUUGGAAGAUGGCAUGAGGAAGUCAUGGGGACUUGUCAGACCAGCUGUGAAGCGAAGUUGGUUUAACAUUGUAGAAGAAGAAACUCCUGAAAUCUUGGAGAGAACUAUGAGUGAAGAAUCAAUUGAUGAAUUAUUUGCAACGACAUUUGAUGGUAUUAGAACCAGUAUCACAGAUUCUAUUGCCAAACAUAUUGACUUCACAGCAACAAAAGCUGUAUUCUGGGACCUUAGAGAGGAAUUCCUUUUCCAAUUAUAUCGUGGUGGUGUUGGAAAAGCUCGUAUGGAUACUGUGCUUCCCAGUGUUGAUUCUGUGCUGAACCAAAUAUGUGGAUCAGUUGAUGACACCGUCAGGGAUCCUGUGAUUUCCAGUAUAUUUCAUGCAUCAUUGGAAGGUUACCUUUGGGUAUUGCUAGAUGGAGGACCUUCACGUGCAUUUUCUGAUUCAGAUAUCAUAUUGAUGGAGGAUGAUUUGAGAGCACUACAGGAUUUCUUUGUGGCUGAAGGAGAAGGUCUUCCUCGUUCUACAGUAGAGCGAGCAGCGAAGUUUGCUCAUCAAGUGUUAAGCUUGUUUUCCCUUCAGACUAGUAGCGUUAUCCAAAUGCUAAUGAAUGCAAGUGAGCACAUCUCAACUAGGGUUCAGUCAGGUGAUCACAGUCGUAGAUCACUGGAUGAUGCUAAUACUUUGAUACGAAUAUUAUGUCACAAAAAGGACACAGAAGCUUCAAAGUUUCUUAAGAGGCAGUACCGGCUCCCACCAUCCUCAGAAUACGAAGAAAAUCCUAAAAAUGAAUCUACAUCAAGUUCAGCCAUAUUUUCAGAUCUGCUAAAAAGAAGUACAUCAUUUCGGUUUCCAGAAACAGGACAUAGUAGCUUCAAAUCAUUGAAGAAGAAAUUCCAAGAAGCAUGGUGAGAGAAGGUCCGGCUUUGAUGCUGAGGGGUAUACAUUAUGAUAUUUUGGGCUUAAGUAUUGUGACACAAAGUCUCUUUUCCUUCAUUUCUCCUCAGAGUACAUGCUUCGCUUCUUUGCAAACAGUGGCUGUCUUAUAUAUCCUAUGUGAGUGACUGCCAAUAACUUCCAACGAGGAGCAGCUUGAUGCAACUUGAUUGUAUCUUUGACAAAUGGUGUGAAAACUCCAAUCUUGCUGGAACAAAGACGAGGUUCAGUAUAGCUUAGUUGCAAGAUGAGACGAUUUAAGGUUUUCAAGUCUUGCUAUAGUUAGUUGGUGAAGAUUUUGUGUAUACUGCCCUAGUGUCCUGAGGUUGAUCAAUUUGAGAUAAUCAAUAGGACGUGUUAACAUUGGGGUUCAUUUCUUCUACAACCCCUCUAAAGUGAUGUUGUAACAAAUAUUAGCAUUGGAUACCGGAUACAGAAUAUGAGCAAAAAUUGAGUCCACAAUUUGUGUCAAUUGUUUGUUAUUGUAGAUUUUGCCAAUAACUGUUGUUCAUAUACCAGUUGAGGAUACAGUUCAGAUAGAUAUUAGAUGUAGCUUCUGUUAGUUCUGCAAGGCUUCUUUCUGGUGUAUUGUGGAUCUUUUUAGGUCUGUUAUAGUUUGAUAAAUGUGUCUAAUAAAGUUUUCAUAUA